AUGUCUGAAAAUAGCGAGAAAUUAUCCGCCUGUCCAUUCUGCAAUUUGAGUGCGUCAGUCUUUGAGCCAAAAAGCCACAUAACGGCAUUUGCUCACUGGUCUACAGCGGAAAAUUCGAAAGUGACACAUCGAAAGGCCCAUGAUCACAUAUCAGAACACCUCAGACUCAUAGCACAUGAGUCUCUACCUCCCGCCCUUCCAACACCUCAACCAAGAUCGCUACGCAGCUUCAAGAUUGCCAUCAUCUCUGGUAGCUCUCUCACUGGUAGAGCUGUGCAUAGUCUUUUCAAUGAAGACUCAAACAUGGACCACGUUUUUCAAAAACGGAUCGAUGAUACGAAAUCCUACUCUCUUGCCGCCAUCGGUCGUCAUAAUGUGGUUCUUGUUCGAAUUAUAGUGAUUGGCAAACUUGAACUAGGAACACUGGUUUCGGAUAUUCGCAAAAGCUUCCCUUGCAUGGAGCUCUUCAUGAUAGCCGAUUCGUACCACAGAAUCCAGUCGGUUCGAGAUGCUGAGAUUAGUUUCGGUGAUGUUAUUGUCGGGGAUAGAGUGGAAGGAAACAGCUUGAUGAGAGAUCAACGCCCCUGCCUUUCGGAUUUAAAUCGGAACCCUGGAGCAAGGGUACGGUCUCUACUGGCCAAGAUGAGAACGCCCCAAGUUCGAAAGAUGGUGCAGCACAGAAUGUCCACCAACCUUGAAGUUCUUAGCAAAUAUCAGUCACUGGCCGCUACUUACCGUAGCACUGAACAUAGCAAGGGUGUGAUCCAGAUACCCCACAGAAGGGAGGAUCAUACGAAUGUCUUCAAUACUUACAAGCCUGAGAGACAGUCUAAUGGGGCUCCAGAGCCUCAUUUCCAUUUCGAUUCCGUUGACAACCCAUUACCAGUCCGGGUUGUUGAGAGUGACGACAUCGACUUUGACAAGGACCAAAGAGGAGAUUCAUUUGAAUCACUCCCCUGCCUACUUAUCGAAAGUACUUGUAAUUAUAUCGCCAAUCGGCAGAAGACUGACGAGCGGAAUGCUUACGCUGCGGCCACUGCGGCAGCCUUUGUAUCUGCCAUUCUAGAUUUGUGGAAUUAUAUGCCUCCAACAGAGAUUCCAGCAAUCUAUGCUCCUGUACAUCAUAUUCCCAUCCCUAAGAACGAAGAUUUUGUGGAACGCAAACCAUCUAUGAAGGCCCUUCAAGACAAACUCUUCAGAGAUAAUACAGAACAGGUCACCAUAUAUGGGUCGGAUGGCAGUGGCAAGACCCAGCUCGCCCUUUGGCUGGCGUACUGGGUGAAGGACAAUCUCACGAAUUAUUCUGUCUUUUGGGCUUCAGCCAUGAGUAAAGACGCGUUUGAGCAGGAUUGCCAUAAAAUUAUGGAGAGUCUCGGCUACCGAUGUACAAGUGGCGAUGAUCCCAGAGUGGUACUACAGAGCUAUCUCAACUCUUACCGCUCAGGGAGGUGGAUAUUAAUACUUGACGAGGCAAGUGAUGAAGAUCUGACAUACGGGCAUUAUGCUCCUUUUCUGAUGAGCGAAUUCCUCCCAAACAGCCGCAAUGGACAGAUCCUUGUCACAACUGAAUCUACGAAAGUGGCUCGGGUAGGAGAUGCUAUAGUCACAUUGUCUUACAUGACUCUCGACGAGUCAUUCAAUCUCCUCAGUAGGUCUCUGGUCACUAAGUCACAUGAUCAGGACCUCGUGAGAGAGCUUUCGAUGUUUAUUCCACAUCAACCUUUGGACAUCUCACUGGCCGCAGCCUACAUUAACAUCAACGAGGCUCCCAUCAGCUCCUACCUUAAACUCUUGGAGGAUAGCUUCCUUGGCAUGUUUGAUACGCAACUGCAAUUAUGUAGCCCCUUCGACGUGUCUUUCGAAUACAUUGUGAAAAAUCAUGUUGUCGGUGCAAGAGUAUUGUUAUUUCUUUCCUUCUUCAAACGGAACACCAUUCACACCUCAAUCCUCCCGGGUGUAGAUGACGCUGUUGAGUUCAAAGUGGCCAUGCAAUCGCUUUAUAAAUAUGGGUUUCUGGCGAAGAAACACGAUGGUGGCAUACUGGAUAUUCACAGUCACAUUCAUCGAGCAACCCAGCUAUGGACACAGAAGCGACAAGUUGCAGUUAGUUCCCGAGGGGCUGUUGCUCAUUACUUUGCAGAGCUCCUCGCAACUGAUAUCUUGGGAACCCUACUGUCGCGGGAACAGUUUCUCAUGGACAUUCUGCAGCUUCUGGCAGGCGCAGAACAUUUCCAUCGUGGUAUAUGUGACCUUGGCUACCAAGUGGGGCUGUAUCUUCAUCAAAAGGGACGUGUCGAAGAGGCCAUUGAGCUCUUUGAGAGACUUCUUGGCUCCCAGAAGGAUGCUUUAUCUGAAGAUGAGGCAUAUUAUCUGACGUUGGAGUUCGAGUUAGCUGGACUAUAUCGGUCAAACGCACAGACGCAGAAAGCUAUCGAUCUACUGGAGCAUGUCGCUACGACUAGGGACAGGACAUUGGAGGAAAGCAACCCGGACCGUUUAGAAUCACAGACCGAGCUGGCGGGGGUAUAUCAAGAAAAUGGCCAGCAUGAGCAAGCUACCAAGAUACUAGAACAUCUGGCUGCAGUUAGGAAGAGGAUUGACUCUGAGGAUAGCCCUGAUCUGCUGGAGCUUCAACACCAGCUUGCAAACGCGUACUUGUCUACAGACAGGUUGGAUGAAGGCAAUAAACUACUGGAGCAUGUCAAUGCAGUUAAGGGAAGAUCAUCGUGGGAUGUGCAUUCAGAACAGGAGAUAUAG